AUGUUGGCAAUAUUCAAGAAUGGUUUGGUGAAUCCACCAAAGGAAUUGAAUAGCCCAUCUUCAUUUGAUGCUUGUGGAAGGAUUAAGAGUACAGAGGAUACAUCGAAGGUUUUCUUGGCUUCUCAUCCCACCAAUGGCUUCUCUAUUAGAUUUGUCGACAAGGCAUUGUUAGCUUACGCCCCACCUCAAAAGCCAAUAAUUGCAAAUCAAAAGUUGUGCCGCAGUGUAAAUGACAUAAAUUGCAUUUCCCGGGGUGUUAAAACAUCUCGACCAAACUUAACAAGCAAUAUGGGCUAUCAAAAAGUGGAAAUGAUGGCAUGUUUGUGGUUGAAGCUAAUCGGACCCUCCGUGAUAAGGGCCCAAUCCCUGCCCAUCAAGUCCUUCAAGAUCUUGAAGGUAGUUUUGGAUUUGUGA